AUGGACAAGCCAAGGCAAAAUGACUCGAAGCAUCGGGAAGAUCUCAGCAUAAUGCAUCGCAUAAUCUAUUUGGACUUGGGUUUAUUAGGAACCCUUGCUACAGUCCCCGGCACAAUCUUAAAUGAUCAGAGGGUGCGAAGAAUUCCCGGGUCAGCUAUGAAUGUACGCAGUUUAUAUGAACCUGGAAAAAUACAUAAUGUUAUCCAGGAGAUGCAAAGGUUAGAUCUAAGCAUCCUAGGAAUCAGUGACACUAGAUGGCCGAAUUCUGGACAACAAUCAAUAGCCAACGGCACCAUUUAUUACUCAGGAAGUGAUGACACCCACCAUAGAUGUGGAGUUGCGAUCGUGGUAUCCAGAGAAAUCAAUAAAUCAGUAAUAAACUUUACCCCUAUAUCAGACCGAGCUAUGUUACUCCAACUUCAAACGUAUCAUUGUAAAUUAAACAUAAUUCAAACAUACGCCCCGACAGCAGAUAAAUCUGACGAAGACAUUGAGGAAUUCUACAACGAGAUUAAUAACAUCAUACAUUCUCUAAAAUCAAGGGACAUAACACUAGUAUUAGGAGACUUCAAUGCCAAGAUUGGCAGAGGUAGAUUUGACAAACAUGUGGGAGAAUAUGGACUUGGUAGGAGAAACGAAAGAGGCGAUAGACUGCUGCAAUUUUUCCAAGAAAAUGAUUAUAUUAUAUCGAAUACGUUCUUCAAACUUCCAAACCGCCACCACAGAUAUAGGAAUGUAAUCAAAUCAGUUAAAACCUACCCAGGGGCAGAUGUCUCAUCGGACCAUAAUCCACUAAUAGCCUGGUUUUUAAUAACACUUAAAAAACAACGAGUAAUACCAACAACAAAUUGUAUAGACGUAUCGGGUCUAAAAAUCCAAGAAACAAGACAAAGGCUACAAAAUAAGAUCAAUGACAACCUCAGAACUCUCAAAAACAAUCAAAUAACAGCGGAAGAAGACACGGACAAACAAUGGAAAGAUUUAAAAAAUGCAUUAAUUGAGCCGAGCAAGACCAUUCUGACAAAACAGAAAAUAGGGAAAAAACAGGAAUGGAUGACUCCAGAAAUUUUGAAUUUGAUGAACGAACGACGUGGUGUAAAAGACAACAACGAAGCAUAUAAGAAUAUUCAGAAAGAAAUCCGAUCACAGAUAUGA